UCUCUCGUCCACCAGUUAUUGCUAACAAAGAACAAAAUUAGAAAAUUGCCUGCUUUAAUUUGCUGUGUAGGCUUGAUUUUCAUCACUAUUCAACGUUUCGUUUCUAUGGUUGUUCGAGCGUUUUAAAACAAUUCCAAUUGAAAGAACUACAGCGCUAUGCAUAAAAUUGACGAGAAUGCAUUGGGGCGGAUGUUAUCCUCGUACCGGGAUCCAACUGCCACGAAAAAGGACGUUUUAAAUGUUUUGCGUAUCUACCACGGACUGCAACACCGUGUGGAAGAGUACGUAUUCAACGACGGAAGCACCAAACACCUACUAAAUCUGAAUGGCACAAUACCGGUGAAGUUCAAGGGUAACACGUACAAUAUACCGAUAUGCGUUUGGCUUAUGGAUACCCAUCCGCGGAAUGCACCGAUGUGCUACGUCAAACCAACGCCAGAGAUGCGCAUUAAAGUGUCGGCCUACGUUGAUUUUAAUGGAAAAAUUUAUCUGCCUUACUUGCACGAGUGGAAUCCGAAAUCUGACUUACUAGAUUUAAUUCAGAUCAUGAGUGUCACAUUCGGCGAAACGCCUCCGGUUUACUCGAAAGGACCGGAAACCAACUACACCCCACAGCCAUACAUACCACCAACGUCAGCCACGUCUUACAUGCCUCCAUACCCGACACAACAAUUUCCACAAUAUCCCAUGCCCGGAGCUGGCUAUAACAACUUUGUUCCGCCGAGUACCGGGCCGACGGGUGCCAUGCCGGGCUACGGAAUGCCGUCGUUCGGGAUGCCAGCCUACCCACCAGUUCCAGGAGCAUUGGGUGGAGCUGGAACCGGUACCAUUACAGAGGAACACAUUCGGGCCUCGCUCAUAAGUGCCGUAGAGGAUAAACUGAAGCGUCGCGUCCAGGAAAAAGUUAACCAGUGCCAGGCCGAGAUACAAACGUUGAAGCGUACACAGCAGGAGCUGACCGAAGGUCAGACCAAAAUAAAGGAAAUUAUGUCGCGCCUGGAGCGCGACGAGAAGGGGCUGCUGAAGAGUAUUUCGUUGCUGAAGGACAAGGAAAAAGAACUCCAGCGGUCACUUGACUUGGUCAACACAGUGGAUUCAAUUGAUGUUGAUGAAGCAGUCACCACUACCGCCCCUCUUUAUAAACAACUUCUGAACGCGUACGCAGAAGAGGCGGCCAUCGAAGAUGCAACAUACUUUAUGGGAGAAGCGCUUCGUGGUGGGGUAAUUGAUCUGGAGGUGUUUUUGAAGCAGGUCCGCCAGUUGUCCCGGAAGCAGUUCAUGCUACGUGCAUUAAUGCAAAAGUGCCGACAAACGGCACGAUUACCUGCAUAAUCGUUACUCAACAAUUUACCUACAGAAUCAAACCCACUUGCACUUAUCGACGAAAGGGAUAGAAGACGAACUAUGUUGGAAGGAACUACAAACGAACUGAUUGAAUUGAUAUGCUAGCUUUCUGUUAUGAUAUUCUGUGCCUGUAUCCAAUUGUUUCGCUGAUGGUUCGUUCUUUUCAAUGCAUAUCCCAAUGCUGCUCUGUUCUUAGUCAUAUAAUUUUGAACGCAUUGAAUAAAUUUCAUAUAUAUGGAUAACUUAAUUAUUUUUUUACAUGUCGUCAGGGCAAG